AUGACUCUCCUCCAGUUCCUGCGACAGGCACGCCAGCUGCACCGCCAGUUCCUUUCGGGUGCUUUAUCCGAGACUCCAAUCUAUGUGAUCGGCAAUCCUUCUGCUGAUCUCGACUCGAUUGUUUCGGCGAUCGUUUAUUCUUUCUGCGCGAACAACCGACUCCCACUCAAAGCCCCGCGGCCUCAUAUCCCACUCCUGAAUCUUCCCAAUGUGCCUGCAGGGCCAGAGUUAUACCGACUGAGGCCUGAGUUUGCCACUGCAUUAUGGCUGUCGACUAAUUCCCCCGUGUUGAGAACGGAAGAGCAAUUUGAGAAUGCCCAAGACUCAGCAGGAAAUCUCCUUCGCGAGCAUGUCGUGACAGUUGCGGACUUUGCACAAAGCCUAAAAGAUCAAAAUAUCCUCCAACAGUUACUCGCUGAUGCGACGCUCGUUGAUUGGAAUGCCGUGCCGCUUCCUUCCAACACAGACAACGGAUACGGCUCUCUCCCCGGCUUGCCGGGUGUUACCUUCCGAACCUUGGGAUGUAUCGACCACCACGUCAAUGAGAAAUUCAUGCCAGCCGCCGAAUCUCUGCCCGAGAACCAACCUCUGAUCAUUGAGCCCGGUCCCGGUUCCUGCGCAUCCCUUGUCACGAGGGAGCUGCAGAACCGGAAACUGAUGGGUGACGGACAAGCAUUCUCAGCAGAGAUGGCACAAAUAGCAAAGCUCGCUCUUUCAGCUGUAUUGAUUGAUACAUCAAAUCUCACUGCCGAAGGCAAGGUCACAGAUGUGGACCGCGAGGCUGUCAAAUCCCUACAAUUUCAGAUCGCAGGACAAUUAGAAGCAGCUAAGAUUUCCCAAGAUAACUGGGAUCUAGAGGCUUUCUAUGAAAGUAUUCUCAAGGCUAAGCAGAAUAGUCUCGAUCUCUUGAAUGUGGAUGAAGUUCUCGAUCGGGACUAUAAGGACUGGACUGAGACUUCGCAGACCUCUGGAAAGGCGGUCAAGUUGGGUUUCUGUUCUUCUGUUAAGCCUAUUCGGUGGAUUGUGCAGAAGGCGGCUUCGCCUGAGAAGUUCCUAGAUGCUGUUCGCUCAUUUGCUACAGCUGAGAAAGAGCUGGAUGUUGUUGUCGUUAUGACUGCCUUUACAGCUGCCGAUGGCUCGUUCUGCCGUGAGCUGUUUGCUUGUGUGGUUCAGGAGAAUGAGACUGCCGUUGAGGGCAUCAAGGCUUUUGUUGAGCAGACGACGUCUCAGCUCCAGCUUGUGGAUUGGUCGCCAUUGGAUGGCGAGAAUUUCUCUGAACUAGGAGAUGUGGGUUCUGCUUUAAAUGGGUCUAAUACACCCUUCUGGAGGAGAUUAUGGAUCCAGAAGAAUGCUGCUGGGAGUAGAAAGCAGGUUGCGCCGCUGCUACGGACCGCAGUAUCUAAAUUAUAA